AUGGAAGAACAAAGGAGACUGGAACCAUUUGAAAUGUGGGGCUAUAGGAGGAUGUUGAAAAUAAGCUGGAUAGACAAAAUAACUAAUAAGGAGGUUCUUGAAAGAAUGUUGGAAGGAAAACUACUAUGGAAAAGUAUAGUAAAAAGACGGAGUAAAUGGAUAAGACAAACAAUUCGGCAAGAAGGGUUAUUAAAAUUAAUAAUAAGAGGAUAUGGGGAAGGAAAAAAUCAUAGAGGAAGGUAAUUCAUAUGUGCAAAUGAAACGGAAAGUGGAUAGGAGAGAUGAAUGGAAAUUAACUGCAAACUAAUUUUAGGAUUGCAACCAAGAAAGAAAGAGAGAGAGAGAGAUAUUUCCUAGUAAAAUACGUUCAGAGAAUAUAUUUUUUUUAAAAAUACAUACUGACAAAAUAUUUUUUUUUUAUUUAAUACGGUUCUGAUCAAAUAUGUUUCCGACAUUAUGUUUUUGGAAUACAUUUUAAGCUAGAAUGCUAUUCUGACGAAUUAUUUUCGGAUAGUUUACGUGGACUGAAUUUUCGUAUUCAAAAUAUUUUGUUCCAUGGAUAUUUUCUGUACAAUAUUAUAAUAUGACUCGGGGCCUUAAAUUGUCUUAGUACAAAUAGUGAAUGCAAUUUGAAAGUGUGUAUUAAAUAAUUUUCAGUUUGUUUUAUUAUUAUUUUCAUUAAUUUCUGAUCUAUUCAUCUGUACCUUUCAAUUGGUAAUUUUAUUAUAUAACAUAUAUAUUUUUUUCAGUAGCUUAUCAAUAGUUUCAUAUUUUGAUGAAAAAAAAAACAUUUAGGUUUUGAAGUAGAUCUAAACUAAUCAACUUUGUAGGCAGUGCCGCGAAAACCGUAGAGACAGCAGACGCAAUGUCCCACUAAUGGCGACUCUUGUCAAUACAUUAUGUCUCCAUGUUUAAAUCAAAUAAAUAUUAUUAAUAAAAUAACUAAUAACUGUAAUAAAUAGGAGUUAGUGUACAAAUAAAAUGAGUAUCGAUCAUCGAAUUCUAAAUUAUUGAUAUUGUCCAUCUCUAGUAUGGACCUACUACCUAUAGACUAUACUACAUACACGACGGAUGUGAAAUCGAGAAUUUUCACUGGGACUUUGCUAGGUUAGAUUAGGGUAUAUCGUCAUAUUGCCAAACAGCUUGGACGGGGUGAGUGGAUCAAUGACGCCGCCGGCGAUUACAGCGUACUCUGCAGGGGGUAUCGAAGUCAUCGAUUUAAAUGGCGAUUUAAUAUUUUAA